AUGGUGUUCUCAUUGUUCUUCGUAGCGGUUGCAUGUUGUUAUCUCGCCUCUGCUUUUGACCCCUCACCUGUGCAAGAUUUCUGUGUUGCUGAUCCCAAUAGCACCGUGAAAGUGAAUGGCUUUGCAUGCAAAAACCCCAUGAAAGUUACAGCUGAUGAUUUCUACUUCGGUGGGCUGCACAUAGCUGGAAAUACCACAAAUGCGGUGGGUUCCAGGGUUACUCAAGUAUUUGCAGCUCAGGUUCCAGGGCUUAACACUCUUGGCAUCUCGCUGGCUCGCCUGGAUUAUGCACCAGGUGGGAUUAAUCCUCCUCAUACUCAUCCUAGAGCCACCGAACUCCUCACAGUUAUUGAAGGUUCCCUCCUGGUUGGCUUCGUCACCUCAAAUCCCGAAAACAAGCUUUUCACCAGAGUUCUUCAAAAGGGUGAUGUUUUCGUCUUUCCCGUUGGACUCGUUCACUUCCAAUUCAAUGUAGGAAAGACAAAUGCCGUCGCUAUAGCUGGCUUCAACAGUCAAAAUCCAGGUGCCGUAGUAAUCCGAAAUGCUGUUUUUGGAUCAAAUCCUCCUAUCAAUGAUGAUGUUCUGGCCAAGGCAUUCCAAGCCGACAAGACUGUAAUCGAUCAACUCCAGUCAAAGAUUUAA